GCUUCCAUGUCCUCACGGGGGGCGGGGCGUGGUGUGUGCGUGCGUGUGUGACACGCAACCCCUACCAAGCAUGGCGCCCGCCUGACGGUCUCUCCUCGCUCACUACCUCAUCGAGACGCUCUCUUGUCGCCGGGGUUGUUGCGGGAGGGCUGAAGGAGGCCCGCGCCGAGACAUGAGAGGCUCGCCAUGGCCCUGCUGUACGCGCUCGUGCUCCGCCUGCUGCACGCGCUGCUCGCGCUCAAGGCGAAGCUCCAGCGCGGCCUAGUGCGAUGGGACAGCCUCGGUCUCGCCUGGAAACGCCGCCGGCCGAGGCGCGCCUUCGCCGGCGGCCGGGGCAGGGGGAAAGGGGUCGGGGGAGCUGAUGGUGACGAUGUUGGCGGUGAUGAGGAGGAGGAGGGCAGAAGGGGGCUGGAGAUGGCGCGGCACGACGGGCGCGCCCUGCGCAAGCUGCCCGUGCACGUGGGGCUCGUGCUGAGCGAGGCGGCUGGCGCCGAGCGCGGAGUUCGCGACGUGGCGAACGCCGUGCUGUGGUGCGUGGCGCUCGGCGUCUCCUACGUGAGCGUGUUCGACGCGCGGGGGAUGUUGAAGGAAACCAAUGGCCGCCUCAUGGAAGAGGUACUGAGGCAGCAGAGGGAGCAACUGGGAUCCGAUUGGUCCAAGCGGAAGGUCGAGUUUGUGGACGACCAAUCGGCAGAGGCGUUACUGCAGGGUACACCAGCGACGGUGCGAGUGGCUCUGCUGUCCCCGCGUGACGGCCGUGCCGCCCUGGCUCGCGCCGCCGCCGCCUUCUGCUCCCUGGUGGCCGCACGGCGCCGCCCGGCACCGGCGCUCACUCCCGGCGAGCUCGGGGACAGCCUCACCGCCUUGAAGGGCUUCCCGGACCCGGACUUGGUGCUGCGGUUUGGCCGUGUGGAGAGCACUCUGGGGUACCCACCCUGGCAACUCCACCUCGCAGAGAUCAUUCCCGUGGGCCCCCUGCAGGGGCUGUGCUACGAGGACCUCCACUCGGCCAUGCGCGGCUUCGCCGAGUGUGAGCAGCGCUUCGGCAAGUGAGCGCCCGGCCAGUGGGACGGGGACUGGGGGAUGGGGGCUCUAGCCUGAGCUGAAGAGGCCUGAGCUGAAGAGGCCUGGGAUGAAGAGGCCUGGGAUGAAGAGGCCUGAGCUGAAGAGGCCUGAGCUGAAGAGGCCUGGGCUGAAGAGGCCUGGGCUGAAGAGGCCUGGGCUGAAGAGGCCUGGGCUGAAGAGGCCUGAGCUGAAGAGGCCUGGGCUGAAGAGGCCUGAGCUGAAGAGGCCUGGGCUGAAGAGGCCUAGGCUGCAGAGGCCUGGGCUGAAGAGGCCUGAGCUGAAGGAGCCUGGGUUGAAGAGGCCUGAGCUGAAGAGGCCUGGGCUGAAGAGGCCUGGGCUGAAGGAGCCUGGGCUGAAGAGGCCUGAGCUGAAGGGGCCUGGGCUGAAGAGGCCUGAGCUGAAGAGGCCUGGGCUGAGGAUUGGACAGGGUUGGGUAGGAUUGGACGGGGUUGGGUAGGAUUGGACGGGGGUUGGGCAGGAUUGGAUGGGGUUGGGUAGGAUUGGACGGGGUUGGGUAGGAUUGGACGGGGUUGGGUAGGAUUGGACGGGGUUGGGUAGGAUUGGACAGGGUUGGGUAGGAUUGGACGGGGUUGGGUAGGAUUGGACGGGGUUGGGUAGGAUUGGACGGGGUUGGGUAGGAUUGGACGGGGUUGGGUAGGAUUGGACAGGGUUGGGUAGGAUUGGACGGGGUUGGACGCGGUCAGAUGGGGUCCUCCAACCUAUAUGGUUUAUUUCAACUCGGUCACCGCAUCACGGAACGCGUUGAAUUCGGUUGAACGUAAGCGACGUUUACCUGUUGAUCUCGGUUCAUGACUAUAAUCGACGUGGGCGUCACGCGUGAGAUUAUGAUUCGUUUUGUUGUUUUAUUUAAUCCGACCCGUUUAUUUUCCUCCGAAUUAUUUUCUAUUAAAAUGACCGACGAAUUUGAA